UCCACACAGACGCGUUUUCUGGUGGAAUUCUGAAGGUCUUGAACAUCGCACACCUACAGACAUGGCGGAAUGCACACGUUUACCUCAUGUUAGAGAUUAUCACGCAGAUCAAAUUGUGCACGUGAAAAGAGAGGAGACAGGAGACACUGUAUGGCAACAGGAGGGACAAGAGAACGUGCUCUCUGUAACAUGUACGGAGCAGAGCAGCCAGGGUUCGGCGAACAAUACGUCUUCUGAAUGGGAGACAAUGCACACAUGUGUGCCUCCUGUUAGAGAGUGCAACGCAGACCAAACUGUAGACACAACGCACAUCAAAAAGGAGGAGACAGGAGACACUGGAUGGCAACAGGAACAAGAUAACGUGCUCUCUGGAACAUGUGCGGGGCAAAGCAGCCAGGGUUCAGCGAACAACACGUCUUCAGAAUCGAGCAGAAGGCACGCUGACCGUCCAUUGAUUAUGAGAGUUGCUGCACCCAUUCGCUCUGACAUGGAUGAAAAGCUCACUAGGGUUUUUCGACAAGAAAAGGAGGUAAACGGUAUUCUCUGCUCAGCUGUGGAGUUUUGGAUGGACACAAAUCAGACAAAAUUCCUCAUCCAAGUGGAACUGGGAAAGAAUAACGGUCACGGGCACUAUAAGUGUCCAUGGCCUUCAUGUUGGUACGGAAGAAAGGCGAGGCAUCACGUUGCAGACCACAUCAGGAAAGUACACAUGGGUCCCAACUUUUGUCCGGAAUGUGGCCACAUGACCAAGUCCCUAGGAGCGAUCCACAAGCAUCGCAAGCGAACAGGACAUAACACAGGACCGUCACCGCUGUUUAGCAUAUACCAGCUUGCUGCCAUCAAAAGUUACUCUAGAGAAGUAUGUAGCGAAUUUGGUGUUUACCUUUCUGAAGUACAGUAGCGUUUUGCCUGUGAUUAAUUUUGAGAUAUGUAAAUAGAAUCAGAAUUGAGAUUAAUCAAGUUGUUUAAACCCUCAUGUGUGGUGACCAUGUUAACUGUAGUUAACAGUAGUGCGCCUGCUAGCUACUCUUUAUUAAUAUAUGGAAACUAGAUACCGAUGUGGAUAGUCUCCUUGCAAGCAGAUGUAGGGUCCGGCACACUCCUAAUGUUUAGUACUUAAUGUUCCUUGCAACUGUUGGAAUGUCAG